UUUUAUAUGAAUUUCUUGUUCAUAAUGGGUUUAUAUUAAUUGUUAUGACCACGGAAGUAGGCGUAAGAUUAGUAUAAAUACACGUUUUCUACCUUGGAAGAGGAGAUAAUAUAUCAUAGGAAGUUCGAUCAUUGCAACCCAAUAUUAUUUCAACCCAACAAUUAGUUUAAUCUCAUGAUAGGAAGUAAAAGGGGAAACCCAAAACCUAGAACUAUCUCUCUCAUAUUUGAUUCUUACCUAUUAUCCGACCUUUUAGAGUAUAGUUCUUAUUUUAUUAGUCAAGUUUAUCACCACCAAUCACUAUUUCCGGAUCGUCUAGAUAAUAUUAGUAUCUCUUAAUUUGGUAGUUGAUUAUACCUCCUUGUGGGAAACGAUAUCUUGCUUACCCUAUAUUUAUUUUAAUUGACCCGUACACUUCGGUAUUUUAAGGUACAUUUAGGACCGACCAAGUUUUUGGCGCCGUUGCCGGGGAGGCAAUAGUUCAAUAUCAUACUAGAGAGAUUUUUAAUAUUAGUUUAGACUUUAUUUUCUUGUUAGCACUUGUUUUAUUUUUCUUUAUAAUUUUUUUUAUUGCCUCUCAUAAACAUUUUGUUAGAGCUAUCUUUGUGUUCUUGAGUUAUUAGUAUUAAUUUUUUUUAUUAACUAGUUUCUUUGUCGAAUCACUAGUAGUUGUGUUUCUUAAUUAUUUAGCGUAGAAGUUGCUGCAUAUUUGGUGAUUUUUCUUUCUUUGUGCUUAUAGAAUUAUUAAGUUAAGUUCAAUAUUUCUGAUAUUUAUUAGUGUAUGCCACGUACUAAUCGUGCUUUGGUUUCUUUUGAUCCUGAGAUUGAAAAAACAGCGCGUGCACUAAGGAAACAGAAGAGGUUGGAGCAAAUACAAAAGCUGCCAGAUUUUGAUUUGGAGUACAUCUUCUCUGAAGAAUCUGACAAUAAACCAUUAGAGAUGGGGGAUAACAACAACGAAAAGCCACUACGUGACUACGAAUGCCGAAUGCUAGUGGAGGCCCUUCAAGUAUUGUAAGACCUACUAUUUCUGCUAAUAAUUUGAGCUUCGCCCUGCUUUAAUUCAAAUAAUUCAACAAGACCAAUUUAGUGGCCUAGAUAAUGAAGACCCUAAUGAAUAUAUAACCACUUUUCUUGAAAAAUGCGAUACUGUUAAGUUAAAUGGAGUGACUGACGAUGUUAUUCGACUUGGUUUGUUUCCGUUUUCACUUAGAGAUAAAGCUAAAAUGUGGUUAAAAUCUAAUCCACCUAAUUCAUUUACAACAUGGGCUACAUUAUCUCAAGCUUUUCUUAGUAAAUAUUUUCUCCGGGAAAAACUGCUAAGUUUAGAAAUAAUAUAACUAGUUUUGCUCAAUAUGAUGGGGAGUCUUUAUAUGAAGCAUGGGAAAGGUUUAAAGAUUUACAACGUAAAUGUCCUCAUCAUGGUGUUCCUGAUUGGUUACUAGUGCAAACUUUUUAUAAUGGUCUGAAUGAAUCUAUUAGAAUCACUAUAGAUGCUGCUGGAGGAGGUGCAAUAAUGGGUAAAACUACUGAAGUAGCUAAUAGGUUACUUGAAGAAAUGGCUUCUAAUAAUUAUCAUUGGUCUAAUAAUAGGGGUAAACCAAAAAAUGCUGCUGGUAUGUAUGAAGUAGAAGGAAUUAACAUGUUAAAUGCAAAAUUUGACAACUUAGUUAAUUUGUUUACUAAAAUGAGUAAUGUCAAUUCUAUGUCUACUACUAUGCCAUGUAAUUUGUGUGGAGGUGCUCAUUUAACUACUGAAUGUGCUAAUGUGGAGCAAGCUCAAUAUGUUUCUAAUUUUAAUAAGCACCCACAAAAUGAUCCCUAUUCUAAUACUUAUAAUCCAGGCUGGAGAAACCAUCCUAAUUUCUCUUGGAGGAAUCCAGGCCAACAAAAUGUUAAUGAUAAUUCACAACAUCCCCCUGGCUUCCAUCAAAAACAACCCCAACAAGAAAUUAGACGAUCUUGGGAACUAGCUAUUGAAAAAUUAGCUAAUGCUACUUCUGAAAGAAUUGAAAAGUUGGAAACUAAAGUUGAUCAAAUGGCUAUUUCUAAAUAGAAAUGUAGAACUUCAACUUGGACACAGUUAGCUAAUGCCAUCAAUUCUAGAAGUCAAGGAGCUUUGCCUAGUAAAACUGAAGUUAAUCCUAAAUAACAUUGCAAUGCUGUCACUCUUAGAAAUGAUAAGGAGUUAAGUAACAUAAAAAGUACGAUGAAAGAAAAUGAGGUCGCCAAUGAAAGUGAAAAAGAGAAGGAGAAUUAUGAAGCUGAAAGAGAUCCUGAAUUAACACCUCUUCCCCUAGUGACACCUUAUGUUCCCCCUAUUCCUUUUCCACAAAGACUUAAACAAACUAAAUUAGAUAGUGAAUUUCAGAAAUUCUUGAAAAUGUUUAAGCAAUUACAUAUUAACAUUCCUUUUAUUGAUGCUUUAAUGCAAAUUCCUUCUUAUUCUAAGUUUCUUAAGGAAAUUAUGUCUAAAAAGAAGAAGUUGGAAAAAUAUGAAACAAUUGUUUUUAGUGAGGAAUGUAGUGUUGUGAUUCAGAAAAAGCUUCCCCCUAAACUAAAAGACCCGGGAAGUUUUUCCAUUUCUUGCACUAUAGGUGAUAUUAAAUUUUCUAAAGCUUUAUGUGAUUUAGGUGCAAGUGUCUCUCUUAUGCCUUUAUCUAUUUGCAAGAAGUUAGGAUUGCAUAAUAUAAAAUCUACUACUGUAUCUUUUCAACUUGCCGAUAGAUCUAUUAAAUAUCCAAUAGGAAUACUAAAAAAUGUGCUAAUUAAAGUCGAUAAAUUUAUUAUUCCUGUUGAUUUUAUUAUUCUUGAUAUGGAUGAAGAUAUAGAGGUACCCAUUAUUUUAGGUAGACACUUCUUGGCUACUGCUGGAGCUAAUAUAGAUGUUAAGAAUGGUAUUUUAACGUUUGAAAUUGGUGAGGAGAAAGUUCACUUUAAUAUAUUCACUUCUUCUAGAAACAAUUCACAACAAGAUCUUGUUUGUCAAGUUGAUAUAAUUGAAGACAUGACUAAGAAGAAACAUAUAACUGAUGCUACUAAUGCUCUACUUGAAGUGUGUUUGAGUAAAACAGGUACUCCUCCUAAGCUUAAGAAUGAAAAGGUAAGAAAGGUUUUUCCUCUAAUCAAGGAAUGUUUUUCAGGGAGGAAAAAGGGUGAAUUCAAAACUAAAGGUGAGUCUCCUUUGAUAACUAAGACGACCACUAAAGGAGUGACUAACUCCUCGAUUGAUCCUGGUUAAACGGAACUUGAUGGAAGUCAAGCUAUAGACUCUAAACAAGCGCUACUUGGGAGGCAACCCAAGCACUUUGAUUGUUUAUUUUUCUCAUUUAGUUCUCUUUAUGCUUGUUCCUUUUGUUUUUCUUUUGCAGAUACUAGAGACUGUAAUGAGGCUGUGGGAUAAUUAAGAUGAGUCUCUUAUGCAUGUUACCUGCUUUGUUACGUGCUGCUGCUACAUGCUGCUGCUACGUGCUGCUAGGUGCUGCUGUAACCUGAUAUUGUUAUGUCCUGCUACUUCCUUUUACUAUGUGCUGUUGUGAGCUGUUGUGGGUAUAAGAGUAGCUCACUCGUUGUCGCUCUCUUACCGCAUUGGACGUGAGAAGUCGUCUUACACCCCAGGUUGUUUCUUUCUAAGUCUUUCAUAUUGCCAUGGUUAUUGCUACAGUUUUCGUCCCCUUUCCCAUAUAGUUUGAGUAUAUUUGAACAUUGAGGACAAUGUUUAUAAUAAGUGUGGGGGAGAGGCUUAAGCCUUGAAUUGCUGGGUUUGAUGUAUUGUUGUGAUGCUGGAAUUAAUUUGUGUGAAGAAACAGGUCUAGAAAAUCUUAUUGGAUAUGCCACAUUUUAGGGGAGGUGCUGUCAAAAUUUAUGCAAAAAUUUUAAUUUUCAUGUCUGAUAUUGAUUUAAAGGCAAAUUCCAUUAGCUUAAUUUGACUGAAAAGAAAAAAAAAAUCAGUUUUUAAAAUUCAAAAAAAAAAAGUUUUUCUAGUUUUGUUGCAAACUAAUGGGUCUUUAAUUUUGACUGAUUCGGAGAAUAGCAUAGUAUCAUUGUUCAAGUGUUUGGCAAGUGAUAAGAAUGGUUAUUUAAGAUUUGAUUGUGAUUUACUUGGUGGACAUUUAUAACCAUUGUGAGACUUUUGAGCCUUGUAGUAGACUAAAACAUCUGUAUUAGUCUCUAUUUUUUUUUGAGAGUGUGUGUUUGUUCCUGGUGAAGUAUAAACUUUUGGAUUUGCAUUGGUUUCUUCGAGACUACAUUGAAACAUGAGCAUAUAUUAAAAUGAUAAAGGCAUUUGUUUUUGUUGAACCAUAUUUAGUUUAAGCCACCUACAUAAUCAUAUAUCUUUCUAAAGCCCCUCUGAGCCUUAAGCCUAUUUCUUUUGUUUAAACCACAUUACAAGCUUAUUCCCUAAACACAUGACUUUUACCUAAUCUUUGAGCUAGUGGAAUAUAUGACAUGAUUAUAAUGGGGUUGUACGUCAUACUUCUAUGUGUAGGUGAUUAUAUUAGUUUCCAACUAUAAUUUUUCUCAAAAGAAAAUAUCAAAAUGAAAUGAAAAAUAUGAAGGAAGAAAAGAAAUGACAAAAUAUGAAAAGAAGAAGAAAAAGAAAGAAGAAAAAGAAAGAAGAGGUUGAUAUUGAGAAUAAAAAUGAGUUCGGAAAAGUUUAUUAUUAGAUAUAUAUGACAAACAUUUGAGUAGUGGAGUUUUGACUGUGACCAUUACAAUUGGCCUUGUUAGAGAUUGUGUACUCCACCAGUCUCAAAGAUUUUGACCACCAAAUACUAAAUACUUCCUACCCUUUACCCGAGCCUUACAUUACAACCUUACUAAAGCCCUUUUGAUUUUUUCAUGCUCUAUGUCUUCUUAGUGGUGGAGAAUUGAACGAUAUGGAAAUUUAAAGAAGAAAUAUUUCAUUUCGAGUCGACUUUUUAGGUUAUGAGUGAUAAUUAUUAUACCCUAAACACAUGAGUGAUUAUAAUAUUUUAUUUUUGUUUGCACAACUAAAGGAGGGUUCACCAAGUUAAUUACUCAAUUACUCAAUUCUUGAAUAUGGUUGUGGUAAGACUGAAUGGAAACACUAUUAUAUGAAGUACUAUGGUUUUUGAAGAGUUGGUUGGUCUUUGGCUCAUUCCUUGUGACGUCUAAAUAAUAUUUUCGAACUAAAAUUAUUUUGAUAAAUCAUAUUUUUGGUGUUUGUGAAAACUUUCAGUUGAGUUAUGGCUACUUAUAAUAGGAUUUGCCUGAAAAGUCAGUCAAUUGGAAAGUUAAAAAUUUAUAAUGACAAAUAGAUGCUAGUAUUAUAAUCCUACUUUGCUUGAGGACUAGCAAACCUUAAGUGUGGGGGAGUUGAUAAGUCCCUAUUUUAUAUAUAAUUUUAGCCCAUUAUAUUACUCUUAUAAUUUUAGCCCAUUAUAAGUUCUGGGACUUAUAAUAGGUUUUUUUUCUUAUAUUUAACGUUUUAAGAGUCAAGUUACUUAUGCAAUAAAGUUGAUAAAAUAUGAAAAAAUGAGCUCAAUAAAUUACUUGCCUGAUUCUAAUACUACUUAUACAUGCUAAUUUGGUUUAUCUAAUAUUUAUAAUAGUAGUAUUUGUUUAUUAUGAAAAUAAUUUAUUUUGGAGCCUAAGUGUUUAUUACUUUAUUAAAUUAUUUGUAGGAAAAUUGAAAGAAGAAAAAAGAAAAGCCACACUCACAACAAACCUAAGACAGAUGACAAGAAGAUAUAAAAAAGUGGGCCACAACCCAUCAUCAAAAAGCAGAUCCAACAGCAAAUAAAAAGAAAAACAAAAACCUAAGACUAAGGUGGACAGCAGCAAUAAAAAGGAAGUGAAAGUAUUGGGUCAGACCGUCUGACCCAAUACCUUCCGUCGGACGGGCUUAACCGAUCAAAAACGUGCGGGUUUUUUUUUUCAUAUUUGUUUUGUUGAUCAGCAGCUUUGUUUAUUUUUAGAAAAAACAUUUAACGGUUAUUAGGUCAUUAUCUUUUUUCGAGUUUGAAACUGUUUUUUGGAUAUCUGCUUGAUUCUCGCUAGUUUUAAAACUGAUUCUUCUUCUUUUCAAAGAAACCGAUAUAUUAUUUACUUAUUAUUUCUAGAAUUUUUCUGCUUCUCUACUUCUCUGCUGUUGAAACUUAGCGUGUUUUUUUGUUCGUAAUUCAUUACUGUUGCAUCGCAAAUAUGGUGAAGAGGAUCAGAGAUGAUGAUUCUAGCCCGAAGUCGAAGAAGGUGAAGAGUGUCGCAUCUUCAGGAAAAUUUUUGGCACUGUCUACUGCUGGGAAGAAGAAAGAGAAAGAUGGUGAUUAUGAUCCAAGGUAGAUUUCAAAUUCUUAGUGUAGUUGAGAUAUUUAUUUUGUUUUUUUCUAUUUUUGGAUGUUUUCAGUUUAUUAGUGUAUUUAUUUCAUGUUGUUAGGGUUUGUGUUUCAGUUUUUGUUGUUUUAUACACAUAUGUUUUCAGUUGUUGUUGUUUUUCAGUUGAUAUUUAUAUUCUUUCA